UUGCUCGGCUUUUGUUUAGUUAUUUGUCUCUUUUCCAGAUACCAAUAAUAUGACGAUUUACUUUGAACCUGAGGCUAAAGGCGUCUUCCAUGCAGCGGUGACAAGCAAAAGAUAUCAGCUAAAUUAUUACGAGGCCCAAAGGCUCUGUGAAAUAAACAGAGCCACUCUCGCUACAUACGACCAGCUGUUUGCAGCAUGGGAAGUCGGUCUUGAAUUGUGCCUAUACGGAUGGCUUAAUGAUGGAACCCAACGCUAUCCAAUGCAAAAAGUACAUAAUAACUGUGGAAAGAAGUUUGGCAUCGUAGGAAGCAAUACAACUCAAAACAAAAGUAAAAAGAGCAAUGCUUGGUGCUGGAAAGGUUGACAAUUGGUAGUUGACAAACUCUAGACAGUCUUCAGCGCUACAUGAUUCAAGAAAACUAGUCCAAGAAAUAUUAAUUAACUGUUAUGUUUGCCUGUGAAUUUUAACGUUUGCAAGGAGAACUCAACCUCGUGUUGUCGACAAAGUCUUCCUACUUUGUGUUUUUCUUGCUAUUUAUCCCUGACGUGUCUCCAUUCCCUUUGUAUUCUAGAGGUCUUUCCGGACAGCUUAAAUUGUUGUCUUUCAAAAUGAUGACUUACAAUAGCUUAUUCAGUAAAUAAAAAAUUGGUACGAG